AUGAGCCCUCCCGACAACACAGGGGUCCGUAUCAAGGUCGACCUUGCAGCUGGCGGUAGCAUCGAGGUCUCUGGAGCACUCAAUACCGAAGCCUUGACGUCUGUGGUUCAGCUAGCGCUGCACACGCCCGAGCAGACCUUCUCUCGCCCAGCUGUCCCACAAAAGCUUGCCGAUCAGACACCUAGUGGCCAAGGCAAUCAGGAACAAUAUCGGAUUGCUGAGCUCAGUUCCAGCCAAGGCUUCUCCAUGCUUCCAGGCUCACCGUCACGCUCACUCUCAGCUCGUUCCCGGCGCUCACAGAAUCAUCAGAUGUCCAGAGAAGUAGGAGGGACAUCAAUCAAUGCACAGACUGGUAUACAGAGCAGCAACGAUCGAAGCAAUGCUCAGCCUCCUUGGCUCGGUAUCAGACGGAGCCUCUACAUCCCAGUCCGGGUCUCUCCAAACAGGGUCUCUCCAAACAGGUAUGCUCGGCGCGUAAUCACUCAGCGCCACUACCUCCCUUGCGCCAAUUGUGAGGAAGAUCUCAGAGAGUGCGUGCCUCGGACAGAAGUAGCGCAAGCAUGGAGAUGCCGCAACUGCAAAUGGAAAAAGGAAACCUGCGACUCUGGAGAAGCCUGGCUUCAGACUGCAGACGUCAAGGAUUACGAGACCUGCCUUCUCCUUGGUAUGUCGGCAGAGGACGCUGACUUCCAGGUGUAUGGCUCUAGGCCUGGUCUUCUCGGUGGCCCUCUGGACAAGACUAAGGAGUACAGCCGACCUUUGCCUGGCACUUCGUAG